AUGCAUCCGCAAUCUGCUUGGUGGAUCUUCGCUCUGAGUCAAGCUCUUGACCUCAAGCCUCAAUUCGAGUCUCUGGAACAUACCUCAAUUUGCGACCAAGUUCUCCUGAAAUAUCCCAGAUUCAACGUUCCAAAAUUUAAUUACGAAGUCAAGGACUGGAAACUGACAUUUGGCGAUUUACCGCACUCGCUGGUGACUUCUACUACAGUUGGCAGAUUAGCGACUGCAUGCCUUCGAUCAGCAAUGAUUGGGGUUCAAAAUCCAGAGGAGAGCCUACUUGUUGCCGCAGAAAAGGGGAAUCUUCUUCGAACGGACUCUCCAUGA